UUUCUGGGCAGCAAGAAUCGUCCCUAACACAGAAAAUAAAGAUAAAAUACACACUAAGCAUUUUCCUUCGAGAAUGAGUACACUAAACAUUGUUAAUAUGAAGUGAAGUUUCAAGGAGAAUCGAACAUGUAAUCGUCGUUCGUUGCUGAAUCAAGGCGUGAGAAGGCGAUACAUUACUGAGAGAUGUUGGGUGCUCAAAACAUUUUCCCAAGUUCGACCAUCGUGAUCGUCAAUCCCAAGAUCGACCGUCAUUGCACAAACAAACCGGGCAGCGUUAUCCGAAUCCGAUCAAGGGCUGUGACCGUGAACGAUGCCAUCACUUCCGACCCCAAGCUAACAUGGCAAAUUGUGGUUGGAGCUAUAGCGGGUGUUGCUCCAUUUGUGGUGGCCGGGGUUGAGUUCAGCAAGAGAAUUGUGGAACAGAGAAAUUGCAAGGUGUGUAGAGGCUCUGGCCUUGUAUUGAGGGACAAUAAGUAUUAUUUUCGAUGCCCUGCUUGCGGUGGAUUUCUGCCAUGGCAAUCCUGGAAGAGAUUCUUUAUUGGUUAAAUGUUACGGAUUCCUGAGACAAUACCUUUGUAUCCUCAUAAGUGUUUUGACAUUGAGUAUUCUUGUACUAGUUCCCAACUCAUCAUCAAGUAAUGUUUGUAUAUUAGUGA